AUGUCUUCAGCCGGCUCUACCCAGGAGGCCCCUUACGAAUUCAUCUACGUACCCGGGAUCCCGGGAAGGGGAGAAUACAUUCGCCUCGCUUUCAUAGAGGCCGGCGUGCCCUACACAGACACAGCCUUCACCGAAAGCUGCAUGGACACCUUAGCAGCCUACACGAGCGACGAAAACGCGGGGGACGCAUCCAACCCUCCCCCUUUCGCCUCCCCAAUCCUCAAGCACGGCGAACUGGUCAUCUCGCAGACAUGCAACAUCCUGAUGUACCUGGGGCCCAGGCUCGGGCUCGCGGCCGCGUCAUCGACGCCCAGCCGAGAAAAUGACGCCUACAAGAUCAAUGCACUGGCCAUGACCGCCCAUGAUGGCUUCGGCACCGAGGUGCACAACUGCCACCACCCCAUCGCCACAGACUUCUACUACGAGGAGCAGCGGGACGAGAGCGUCCGGGCCUCCAAGAACUGGGUCAAGAACCGACUGCCCAAGUACCUGGGGUAUUUCGAGAAGGUACUCGCCGGCGAGGCUAGUGGCGAGGGACCUUGGCUGUAUGGGGGCGUGUUGACUUGGGCGGACUUGGUGUUGUUCCAGUCCAUCCACGGUCUCGAAUACAUGUUCCGUAAGGCUAUGAAGGCAGCGAAGGAAUCUGGCAGGUACACCCGCGUGUUCCAGCUUUACGAGGCUGUCAAGGCUCGGCCGAGAAUUGCAGAAUACAUGGCCAGCGACAGACGACUGAAGUAUGCAAAUGGUCUCUAUCGUUACUACGAGGAGCUGGAUGUGGUUGCUGAGUAG